AUGUCACUGAAAUGGUUUUUCUAUUUUCCUACACUAUCUUAUGCGAACAGUGGGUUUAUGUCUGGUAAACACAUUGAUCACAAACGCUAAGCAACAUAUUAAUUUAAUAAGAAACCAUAUAACAUGAGUAAUGUAAUAAAAGGUUCGGAGAUUGUUUUAUUUUUAUAUACUUUCAAAGAAGAAUUAUUAUGAAUAAUCAUUAUCGGUCGUCAGUGGACGAGGAGCGGACAUUGGAGAGCGGAAGUGUGUGAAGGGGCCGCGCUAGGAUUGAACCGAAACCCGAGAUAGUGAAAGUUACUGACAGCGUGACAGCUAAUUUCUUCACCUGUAACCUUUAAACAGAAUAUCGAUCUUCUUUUUUAGAUAUUUUUAUGGUAUAAAAACAGGAAAAAAAUAGUGUUUAUUAAUCUUUAAUCAUAAAAUGGCGGCAUUGUUUGAAGAUUCGGAAUUUACGGCAGCUUGUGAGGAAUUAGACGAACCGAAAUUAGAAGAAUGGGAAUUUUUUACUGAAUCACACGGAAUGAAAAUCUACAGAUUAUAUAAUGCUAGUUCAGGUUUAUACAAGUACAAAGUCUUUGGAGAAAUGGAUUUAGAUCCUGAAAUAUGCUCACAGGUGUACAUGGAUCUUGAAUAUCGUAAGACAUGGGACAACUAUGUACAUGAGCUGUAUGAAAAAACAAUAGAUAAUAAAAACCUCAUCUACUGGGGAGUGAAAUUCCCCAAACCUAUGUCUUACCGUGAUUAUGUGUAUAAGAGAGAGCUACGCAUUAUUGACUGGAAAGGAGCCAAAGUAUAUGUGAUCAUUGCUCAAAGUGUUGAUGAAGUAACAAAUUUCCCUGAGAAAUGGAUGACAGUCAGAGUAGAUGAUUACUACCAAAGUUUGGUAAUUAGUAAACAACCAGAAGGAGGUACAAAAGUUUUCAUGCAAUAUUAUGAUGAUCCGAAAGGCAUGAUACCAACUUGGUUAAUCAACUGGGCUGCAAAGACGGCUGUCCCAGCAUUCUUGACACAAAUGAACACAGCUUGCAAAAAUUAUCCAAAAUAUCUUAAAUCAAAAGCUGGCAAAAAUUGACAAAAUUUAGCAUUUAUAAGUUUAUAUUGAAAGUUUACUUUUUAAAUUUCAGUUAUUUCUGUACCUUUCUAUACUGUUAAUAGUUUCACUAGUGAAAAGGAAAGCAUUGUUGCUUUCCUUUAUCAGAAUACAGAAAUAAUAUUUUGUGAGUUCAAUUUUCCAACACUUUUAGGAAGUUCACUUUUUCAAAAUAAAUGUAUAACUUCA